AUGACCGCCUCCAACGGAAGCAACGGCCAUGCCACUCGCCGGGCCCUCCCCGUCGGCAUCUACGCCCCCACCAUGACCUUCUUCGACCCUGAUACGGAGGAUCUCGACAUCCCCACCAUCAAGAAGCACGCCGAGCGUCUCGCCAAGGCCGGCCUCGCCGGCCUGGUCGUCAUGGGCUCCAACGGCGAGGCCGUCCACUGCACGCGCGAGGAGAAGCUGGCCGUCACCAAGGCCACCCGCGAGGCGCUCGACGCUGCCGGCUUCCAGAGUACCCCCAUCAUCAUUGGCGCCACCGAGGGUAGUGUCCGCGGCACCAUUGAGCUCUCCAAGGCCGCCAAAGAGGCCGGCGCCGACUACUCCCUCAUCCUGCCCCCCUCUUACUACCGCGCCCAGACAGACGAGACCGCCAUCCACGACUACUUCAUCGCCGUCGCCGACGAGAGCCCCAUCCCCCUCAUCCUCUACAACUACCCCGGCGCCGUCUCCGGCAUCGACAUGGACAGCGACCUGCUCAUCAAGCUGGCCGCCCACCCCAACAUCGUCGGCACAAAGUUCACCUGCGGCAACACGGGCAAGCUGACCCGCGUGGCCCUGGCCACCAACGCGAAGACCCCCUCGUCCGAGGGCUCCGGCUACAUGGCCUUCGGCGGCAUGUGCGACUUCACAGCCCAGACCCUGGCCAGCGGCGGCAGCGGCAUCAUCGCCGGCGGCGCCAACGUCAUGCCCAAGGUCUGCGUCAAGGUCUGGAACCUCUACUCCGAAGGCAAGCGGGACGAGGCCAUCGAGCUCCAGAAGAAGCUCAGCCGCGGCGACUGGUUCCUGACCAAGGCUGCCAUCGCCGGCACCAAGGGCGCCAUCCAGAGCUACUACGGCUACGGCGGCUUCCCCAGACGCCCGCUGAAGCGCCUCGACAAGGCCAGGACCGCCUCCAUCGAGGAGGGCAUCAAGGAGGUCAUGGAGAUUGAGAACUCGCUCUAG